AUCUCUUCCGUGUACGGGGGACCCGAACUUUUCCCUGUCGGGUCUCCGUUGUCGUUGGGGGCCUAGCACCGUGGAACAGCCUCCAACCAGAACGACCUGGGGGCUCAAAUUGCGGAGCCUGCGGACUCACCAUCGUGGAACUGGCCGGCUUCAGUGCGUGGUGAGCUGUGGUGGUGCUCGGCCGUGACCCGACUUCGGAGCUCGGAGGCUCCAGCCGGUGGACGGUGACAUCGGGAGCUCGUGGGUCCCUGGUGGGAGACCGCUUUUCGGAGCUCCCGCAACGGCAACUUCUCCCGCCCGAAUUGUGGGGUUGAAAAUGACCUGGAGCGGGGCCUUACAGCCCUUUAACGGCCGCGGGACUUGCCAUCGCCCGCCGGGGGCUCCAACAUCAAGACCCGGAGCAGGGCCUUACAUCGCCUGCCGGGGGCUUUAACAUCGGGAGAAGAAUGGAAAACAGGGGAGAGACAAUGACUUUGCCUUCCAUCACAGUGAGGAGGAGAUUCACUCUGAUGGAUGUUUGUGUAAAUUGUGUUAAUUGUGCGUCUUGUUAAUUGUUUCUUCUUGUUGUAUGACUGCAGAAACCAAAUUUUGUUUGAACUUAAUUUGAGGUUCAAAUGACAAUAAACAGUAUUGUAUUGUAUAUGUGUGUGCAAUGGUGUUGAUGUGUGUUAUAGUAUGUUUGUACAAUAGUGUUCCUGUGUACGAUAGUGUCCAUGUGUGCAAUAUCGUCCGUGUGUAAAUAGUGACCAUGUGUACAACAGUGCCCGAAUGUACAUAGUGUCCAUGUGUGCAACAGCGUCCCUGUGUACAAUAGUGUCAGUGUGUGCAAUUGUAUCCAUGUGUACAAUAAUGUCCGUGUGGACAAUAGUGCCCGUGUGUAUAAUGGUGCCCAUGUGAACAACGGUGUCCAUGUGUACAUUCGUGCCCGUGUGUACAACAGUGUCCACGUGACCAACAGUAUCCAUUUGACCCCUGUCUCAGCGUUCCAUUGGAACCUCCCCCCAUUGUUCUCUCGGAACGCUGGGUUGCUCUGGAUUCCAUCGCCCCUCUAACUGUUGCUGCAACUGCCCGCGUCCCCGUCCAUGGCCCGGUGCGGGUGUUUAAAGGGGCUCUCUCUCCCCCCUCUCCUCUCCUUCCCUCCACCCAAACCUGGGCUUGUUGCCCGGAAGUGACGGCCCCCUUUUGUGGAUACACUGGAAGAUGGCGACUGGAUACAGUGUAGCGCUGAGAUGGACCAUCUAAUCAUAACACGACCAAGGAAUACUUUGGGAUUGUAACUAAGGACUUCACCUGUGGAUUUCCCAGCUGAACGUGUGGAUCUUCUUUGAAUGGAAGUCUCCAGUAGUUGACGCCAUGGCCCAGAUAUCCAGCAGAAAUGGGUUCAAGCAGUCUACCACUUCAACAACAGGCCCCUCGGCGAUGCGAACCGUCAACAAGGAAGAAGCCUUGCAAAUGGAAGCAGAGGCCUUGGCCAAGCUGCAGAAGGAGAGGCUUCAGAGUGUGAAGGAGGUGUCGGUGUCGGUGUCGGUCGGCAGUGCUUGCUCCAAGUUGCCCAACGCCAAGCAUGAGCACGAUCUCAUUCACUUUCCCGAAGCAGAGAAUUUCAAUAAGCACACCGCCGACACGCUGUCUGACCGGGACAUCGAGAAGCUCACUGCAGCUGAACUAGAGAAGUUGCUGUUGGACAAAAGCUUCGGUCAUAGGCAUGUAACACGGCCACACACGCUGCCCAAUACUCCCCUGCUCAGCCCGUCCUUCUCCAGCCAGUUCUACAGCCAGGCACCUUUCUCUGGGGGUCAGUGGACAGGUGGGUUACACAGACCUGUGGCGCAAACAGCCAGUUACCGUUCAAUGUCCGUCACAUUCCCCAAAUCUCUGGAUCCGUUUCAGAACGGCUUUUACCCUGCACAGACCACAUACCGUCCUUCUGAGCCUGUCUGCGUCGGGCUUCACGCAAAGCCGUACCUGUCUUUCCCCCUUCAGCCUUCCACACCCAUCCGCCCACACACCGUCCUGCCCAUCUAUGGCACUGUCACGCCCGAGCUCGCCAACCUGUACAACAAAAUUGCCAGCACGUCGGAGUAUCUGAAGAACAGCAAAUCCAACAGCGAUCUGCAGUCCGCCAACACCAUGACCCCGAAGCUGCCGUGCGGAGAGAGCUCCAGCGACGUCAGCAAAUUUGACUGGCUGGACCUUGAUCCACUCAGCAAAGCGAGGAUGGAAAGCGUGGAGUUAGUGCAGAGCACGGCAGAAGCUGGGCACAAGGUGGACACUGGAGCAGCGGCCGGCGACCCUUGGGAGCAAGUGUUACAGAAGCAGACUCCGUCAGAAAGCUGCCAGCCCGAUGCCAAGGCUGACGACACCUCGUUUAAGCAGCAAACUGGAAAACCCACACAUGGACCUUCCGUGACACGUAGCUUGUCUCUUAACCUACGCUCCACAAGUUCACAGAUUUCACAUCGAGCGCAAGGACCAACCACCAAAACAUUACAGGGUGAAAAUGGGACCAGUAAUGAUCUUACACGAGAGAAAUUUCUUGAACAAAUCGGAUCACAAAAUGGGGAGGUGGCAGCUUUUCGGCAAGAGAUUAUUAAACUACGGUCCACGUUUCCGUUCACUGACCACUCCACCAAUCCAGGGUAUGUUCUGAGCCCAGUAAUGCUUCAUCGAGACAUGAGUGGAGAAAAUGCAAGUGUGAAGGUCUCCAUCGAAAUCGAAGAGUUUCAACAGCCAGUCACAUUCACCUGUGACGUGAGCUCUCACGUGGAGCUGAUCAUAAUGCAGGCGCUGUGCUGGGCUCACGACGACCUCAACAAGGUUGACAUUGGCAGCUACAUCUUAAAGGUCUGUGGGCAGGAGGAGGUGUUGCUGAAUAAUCAUUGCCUGGGAAGCCAUGAAUACAUUCAGAACUGCCGGAAGUGUGACACCGAGAUCAAGUUGCAGCUUCUGAGCCACAGUACAAUAUGUAGGACUCUGGCCCGCACUGCAGAAGACGAUGACGAGCUGCCUGCAGACUUCACAAAGUAUCUCUCUCAGCUGGAAAAGCCCUUCAAAGAAAUCACAACAAGGCAACGUCUUAUUGAACUUCUGGAAGUCUAUCAUAAGCGGGAGAAGGCAAUCCUUCAGAAAGAGGGGAAGCAGUACAAAAUGGUGGAGCAGAUUAUCCAGUCUGUAAAGGAUAUUUGUAGUGCGUUGGAUGGCACAGAGACCAAAGCUGUUACCGACGCCGUGAAAAAAUUAAAACGGGUUGUUAAUCUACCAAAAAGUAAGACCAUGGAGGUCAAAUCGAAGGAGAGUGGUGAUUCGCUAAAUACUGCCAAGAAUGGGUCUCCACCAGCGGUGAGUCCCCUAAAGGCAAGUGUCCAUGAGCUCACGCUGGCCAUCGAUGACCUGCUGCAGCUCUACAUGAGUUCCUUCAGCCACAACUCCGGUACCACUGGCGAUCUGCCGCCAAGCACCAAGUGCACGAAGGAAGCUCGCACCACGUCAGAACACCUGCAGUUCACCCUGUUUGCCGCUCACAGGAUCCCAGGGGUCUGGGUCAGCAGUUUUGAGAAAUACUUCCUGGUUUGUUCACUGACCCACAAUGGGAAGGAUCUGUUUAAACCGGUGCAGUCCAAGAAGGUGGGGACAUACCGCAGCUUUUUCUACCACAUCAAAUGGGAUGAACUAAUCAGUUUCCCGGUACAGAUUUCUCAGUUGGCCCUUGAAUCGAUGCUAAGUGUCAGUCUGUAUGGCGUUCCCAAUCCAACAGCAGCUGGAUCCCCCGACUCUAACAAGCAAAGGAAAGGGCCAGAGUAUCUCGGCCGAGUGUCUAUGCCUCUCUUCAACUUUAAUCGUGUGUUGACGAGCGGAAGGAAGUUACUCAGUCUCUGGACGUUGGACUCGGGGAACCCGAGUGCAGGGACCGCACACAGAAAGGGGAGCUCGAUGGGGAGAGUGGUGUUACAGGUGGAUUUUCCAUCCUUGGCAUUUGAUAUUGUAUACCAUCCUCCAGAGUGCAGCCGGAUGGUGGAGCUGGGCUUUGAAACACUAGAUCAAGCCUUCCAGCAGCAGCUUCUUGACGUGUUUGCUAAAGACUCGACAUUUGAACUGUCCAAGGCAGAUAAGGAGCUCCUGUGGGAUAAGAGGCAGUACUGCUUUUCCCACGUCACCAGCCUGCCCAAGUUAUUGGCUAGUGUACCAAGUUGGGACUGGGAUGCUCUCCCAGAGAUCUAUGCGCUUCUCCAUCAAUGGACUCCACUGCCUCCCAUCUCUGCUCUCGAACUGCUGGAUUCAAGAUUUGCAGACAAGGAGGUGCGAGGGACAGCGGUGAACUGGAUCGACCAAAUGACUGAUGGCGAACUGCUUGACUACCUGCCCCAGUUUGUCGAGGCUGUGAAGCAUGAGUGUUACUUGGACAAUGCCUUGGUGAAAUUCCUCUUAUCUCGUGCUCUGGGGAAUAUCUGUGUGGCUCACCACUUAUACUGGCUGCUGAACAACGCGCUCCACGAGGCGUAUUUUGGGGUGCGUUACGAGCUGCUGCUGGGUGCCCUGCUCUGUGUGUGUGGCCUGGGCUUGAGGCAGGAGCUGGAGAGGCAGAGCAGGCUGGUGCGCAAGCUGGGAGUGGUUGCAGAGAAGGUUCGGCAAGCGAAUGGAUCAGCGAGGCAGGCUGUCCUUCAGGAGAGCUUGGACCGUGUACAGACGUUCUUCAAAAACAAGUGCCGUUUACCCCUCAAUCCAAGCCUGGUGGCGAAGGAAUUAAACAUCAAGGCUUGCUCCUUCUUCAACUCCAACGCUGUUCCACUGAAGUUAACGCUGGUCAAUGCCGACCCACUGGGAGAUGAAAUCAAUGUCAUGUUCAAGGUUGGGGAAGAUAUGCGUCAAGACAUGUUGGCACUGCAGAUGAUCAAAAUCAUGGACAAAAUCUGGCUGCAGGAGGGACUGGACUUGCGCAUGGUCAUCUUCAAGUGUAUCUCCACGGGCAAGGAUAGAGGAAUGGUUGAACUUGUACCCUCUUCAGAAACUCUUCGGAAAAUCCAAGUUGAGUACGGAGUUACUGGCUCCUUCAAGGAUAAACCAUUGGCUGAUUGGCUUCGGAAAUACAACCCCACAGAAGAGGAAUACGAGAAGGCGUCGGAGAACUUCAUCUACUCGUGCGCAGGAUGCUGCGUGGCCACCUAUGUGCUGGGCAUCUGUGACCGUCACAAUGACAACAUUAUGUUGCGCUCCAGUGGCCACAUGUUCCACAUUGACUUUGGCAAAUUCCUCGGACAUGCACAGAUGUUCGGAAGCUUCAAAAGAGACCGCGCUCCAUUCGUGCUGACCUCGGACAUGGCGUACGUGAUCAACGGAGGGGACAAGCCCACCAGCCGGUUCCAAUUGUUUGUGGACUUGUGCUGUCAGUCAUACAAUCUCAUCCGCAAGCAUGGCAACCACUUCCUCAACCUCCUCUCACUGAUGCUGUCUUCUGGAUUACCAGAGCUCACCAACAUACAGGAUUUAAAGUACGUCCAAGACGCCCUGCAGCCCCAGACCACUGAUGCCGAAGCCACGAUUUUUUUCACCAGACUGAUUGAGUCGAGCUUGGGCAGUAUGGCCACCAAGUUUAACUUCCUCAUCCACAACCUGGCUCAGCUACGGUUUUCCGGACUACCCUCCAAUGAGCAAGCCAUCCUCACCUUCUCUCCCAAAACCUACUCGCUGAAGCAGGACGGGCGAAUCAAAGAGGUGACCGUGUACAGCUACCAGAAGCGGUACAACCCUGACAAGUACUAUAUCUAUGUGGUGAGGAUCCUGCGGGAUGGGCAGAUCGCUCCAGUGUUCAUCUUCAGAACCUUUGAUGAAUUCCAGGAGCUACACAACAAGCUGGGCAUCCUCUUCCCACUGUGGAAGCUGCCAGGCUUCCCCAACAAAGUGGUCCUUGGCCGAACACACAUCAAGGACGUGGCCUCUAAGAGGAAGGUGGAGCUGAACAAUUAUGUGCAGUGUCUGAUGAGCAGCUCCACUGAAGUGGCUGAUUGUGAUCUCAUCUACACCUUUUUCCAUCCACUAAGCCGGGAUGAAAAGGCCGAGGGAAUAGAUGGAAUAGCCAAGCCUUCAGAAAUAGUGCCACCAUCAGCUCCCACGGGCCAAGUGGGUGGAGAAGUAAAACUGUCCAUUUCCUACAGGAACAGCACUCUAUUCAUCAUGGUAAUGCACAUACGAGACCUGGUCACUGAGGACGGGGCCGACCCAAAUCCUUACGUCAAAACUUAUUUGCUGCCUGAUCCACACAAAGUAACAAAGCACAAAACAAAGGUGUCAAGGAAAACACAAAACCCAACCUACAAUGAAAUGUUGGUGUACAGUGGAUACAGUAAAGAAUCGCUCCAGCAGAAGGAAUUGCAACUAAGUGUUUUAAGCGCAGAGUCCUUGCGUGAAAACGUUUACCUUGGUGGCAUUACGUUAACUCUGAAGGAGUUUGACUUGAGCGUGGAGACGGUGAACUGGUACAAAUUGACUGCUGUGUGCAGUGGGUAGCAGACCACUGCCUGCUCCACCUCGCCGGGCAGGAGCUUGGGGGAAAGCAGGACCAUUGGCAGACAGAGACACACCUGCAAUUUACUUGAAAGACUUGACCCUGUGGACAGACGGCAAUCCCAGCUGAUGCACGUCACCGGUGGACCAAUCGCAGAGAAAAUCAGUGCAUGCACUUAACGUCACAUUCAGUUUAUCUCUUUUCUUUUUGUUUUGGUUUCUCUGACUUGCGGAUGGUGGGAAAUUGAGUGUGCCAAAGGAAAUGACAGAAGCACUUCACUCUUUGCAAGGUGAAACCAUGCCUUUCUCCGCUCCACAAUCUGGACUCCAUUUCAAGAUGCUAAAUUCCCUGGCUUACUGAGAGACGCAAAAUAUUUCCCGGGGAACAGCGCGAGUAAGACCAGUCACGAGGAGAUGAAUUGCUGUCAUUUCAUGCUGCUGGGCUGCUGAAAACAAAAGGAUGCAUGUGUUCCUGACCCGAGGCUUAUCUGUUUCAUAGACCGGUGGAAUACAUGCUCUGUGAAAGAGAUCUUUCAUUGGCGAUAGUGUACUCUCCAUGUUUUCUGUGGCUAUUACCACUUGAUUUGUGGCCACUGCAGGUCGACAAUAAUGUAAACAACAGCGAACAGAAUGGGUGCACAGAGAGGCUUACACAAGCAUUCGCAGUCUCUGAUAUGGUUAUUGUACAGCAAUUAUGUGAAAGUUGAAGCUGCAGAGAAACUGAACAGUGCACGCCAAAGAACAAGGGUGAAGUUAUGAAUUUAAACACAGAUCCCUUAUUCUUCCAGUUGGGUCCAAUAUGUGAGCUGAGAGAUUCUGUGCAGUCACAUAUAUAAGUAUUUGCUAAUAGCAAAAUUCAACAGAUUUCAACUAUUAGAUGAAGUUCUUGAUGUAUUUUUCUCUAUCGCUUUAGUGCUACAGUAAUGGACUUGUGUACAGAGAAGUAUAUAGUAAAAUUGAAAAGGCACAUCAAAUAUGAAUGCAAAUAUGAAUGCAAGUCGGUUUCACCUGUGGUUAGAUUUUUGUUGUUGCUGUUGCUGUAAUUCUUACAAGGCACCACCGUGAGUAGCUAUUUUAUAAACCUUACUUUAUUACACACCACACUUACUUGGCCAAUGUUCUGCAAAUCAACAUGUUGCCCCGAGCGAUAACAAGGCACCUAGUAAAGCAGAAUGAAAGUAAUCGGUGUGAAAGAUUUUACUGAGAGCCGCAUGUGUGUUUGCUUCCAAAGUCUAGUGAAGAAGCAACAUCUGGGGCAGAUGUGCUUGCACUUUGUGUUGCACCAGUUGGUGACUGUAUCUCCAUACCACAGCAGUCUGCCCUGGCCCCCUUAGUACAUGUACCACUCCACUACAGUCCUUGGAAGCCUUUUGUGCUGCUGUGUGCUUGCAAGAUUUGGCCACAAGACGGAAGACCACGCAAACCUCUCAAUGAUAGAUUUGCACAAAACUGACCAAGUAGUAUUUUGUUUCUUUAAAGUGUCUUGCCGACUUUAGUGUUGACAGAAUCUUGAGGGGAGCAUGGUUCAAUGCUUCAACUUUGUUCAUCUUAGAGGUUUAAUCUUCUUUUGGUGAUUUCCCCACUCCUCCCCAAACAUUGAUUAGCUUAGUUUACAUCAAGGAAAUGUCGUGUGUUUGUCGCCAAUUUACUAAAUGUUGUUUCUAACCAACUAAAUUCCGAUUAGCAACAUAGCACAUUUUAGUUUCAGUGUUAACAUCACCUUGAGUUUUCAAAUUUGAUUUUUAUUAUUAAUUAUUGCAUAUAUUCCACAAAAAACACUACUUUCAACUUCAACACAGCAGAGGUAUAAAAUGCAAGUUUAUAUUAAUCCGAGUUGUGAUUCAGACAGAAACAUUGGGCCUGACCGGGUGGGGGAAAAAGAUGUAGCAUUUCAUGUUGCACCUGAUGUUUUUUUUAAAAAGAAAAUAGUUUGUGUGCUUUGCUCAACUUUUCCAGUUGAGUGCCUCACGGGAUUACUUAUUAAAUAUAAUUUUUGUAUGGCCAAAAUGAAAUGUAGAUGCUCUAGUGUAUUUCAAUGUAAAUAACUUGUCCUUAACAUUUAAAAUUCUAAAUCUUCACCCUCAAGAAAGGUGAGCAAAUAACCAUUAAAUUUAAUAGACGACUAUUCAUAAUUUCCCAGCUGGCGCUAGUUUCAAAUGAGUGGUUUCAACUGAACUCUAUUCAGUACCUGCGAGGUGAAACUAUAAUGUUAAUUCUCACCACAUUAGGUUGAAUUUAGGAUUCUUUGAGUAAAGCUAAAUUGAAGUAAUAAAUGGUAAUAAACUGCCUCUGGGCAUUCCUUAUGCCAUCGUCGAAAAGUUCCAUUGAACGUUUGCAAAGACGUUCGUCAAUGAGAGACGGUGAGAUGCGACUUGUGUAGGGGACUGGAAGCCUCACAAAUUACUGGCAUUUAAUUUUGCUGCCCCAUGGUGCUAUGCUGGAUUAACUGCAACUGUAGAGAAGAAACAGAGCACGGUGGGGAGCAAAGUUGUUGCCUUGACUGAUCUACUCAGCCAUUAGAUCGAAGAACCAAAUGUAUGUUCUGAUGAUGUCUUUCUCUUUGACUGAGUGAAGAUGUACAGUAUUUCUAUCUAAAUCCUGUCCACAUCCUAAUGGACUAAAUGUGACUCCAACUGUUAAAUAUACUUAUUUUUAAUAAAGUCAGUUUCAAGACCC